AUGGGUCCUGAUCAACACGCUCAACUGGAUGGCUUCAGUCUUGUCCUUCCAUUCCCAUACCGCGUGGCGGUGAUCUUGGUUGCUGGUUUCUGGGGCUGGGGUGUCAACCUCCACUACCUCUCGAAGAAGAACAUUGAUGUGCCGGCUCUCAUCCGUUAUUCCCCUCGUCAAUCUCCGACCCAACGACCGCACUAUGCCUCUGCGUACCACCUAGCUACAGUCUUAUCCAUUCCCCUCGCUCUCUCUCUUCUGAUCUUCUGGAUCGUCACCCAUGGAUCGCGCGAACGGGUGGAACGGCUGGACUUGAUUCCUCAGUCGUAUCUGUUCAUCUUCUUCUUUCUCCUCCUUCUCCCCCUCAAUCGCCUUUCACGCUCUGGACGCCACCGAUUCCUUGUGACCCUUAGACGGAUUAGUAUCGGCGGUUUGGCGGAGGCCCAAGACGGGAAAUUCGGGGACAUACUUCUUGCAGAUGCUCUGACCAGCUAUGCCAAGGUCCUCGGUGACCUGGUCGUGACAUUCUGCAUGUUCUUCGGGCCGGACACCACUAGCACAUCUAAACCGGACCGGCGGUGUGGAAAAGACUACGUCGUGCCCUUUAUUAUCGCGGCGCCUAGCAUCAUUCGGUUCCGACAAUGUCUGAUUGAAUACGUGCGAGUCCGCCGAGCGGGUCUGAAAGGGGAGAACAAGGGCGGUCAGCAUUUGGCCAACGCCCUGAAAUACGCUUCGGCCUUUCCAGUCAUUAUCCUGGCUGCCAAAUUGAGGAACUAUAAUCCUCUCGAGUUCUACGGAUUCAGUGAAGUCGGCCUGUCCCGGUUGCUGUAUCUCUGCUCCUUGGUCAACUCCUCCUAUUCCUUCUAUUGGGAUGUUACCAAGGAUUGGGACCUUACAUUCUUCUCGUCCGCACGCCGCAGUACUGAUCAUCCUUACGGCUUACGCCGUCGCCGGUAUUUCUCCGAUCGACAGUACUACCUGGCUGUUCUGGUGGAUCUUCUCCUUCGGUUCUCAUGGGCAUCGAGGUUCGUACCAGGAUUUCUCUGGCUCACCGAAACGGAAUUCGGGUUGUUCCUGCUCAUGUCAGCGGAAGUCGCUCGCCGAUGGAUGUGGGUUUUCCUCCGUGUGGAGGCGGAAAACAUCCGCAACAGCCACGGCCCCGCUCCAGAUGAUAUCCUCCUGGGCGAAUUCAACGGCAAGCUGGAUUCCGACUGA